GUAAAGUGUAAUGCAAUUGACAAAUCCAGCAUUAUAUUGUCAGAUCUCUUUGUCUCUCUCAAAAAAUUCACUUCUAUAAGAAGAAAUUAAGCAGCAUGGAUUCCUCAAAUAUUGGAAGGCCAACGAGAUCUUCAAAUUUGAAGGAGGCUGUGACAAGUGCAGGAGUUGGUGAUUUGGAGAUGCAAAGCAUGGCUUCUGAAGAAGCAGAUGGCAGCUGGUCGUCUACCUCUGGUUCUUCGCGGUUGGACAGUCAUGAAGCAUCGUCACCGAGGUUUGGUCCCGAAGAUUCAAAGAGGGAGAGAGUUUUCUUGACUUGGAAAGACGUGUGGGUUACAGUGGGUGACGGGAAAAGAGGGCGCUUGCCGAUACUUCAGGGGAUUACUGGGUAUGCUGAGCCAGGCGAGGUUCUGGCUAUCAUGGGGCCUUCCGGCUGCGGCAAGUCGACUCUUUUGGAUUCUUUGGCAGGGAGGUUGUGUUCAAAUACGCAGCAAACUGGGGAGAUUUUGGUAAACGGAAUCAAACAAACACUUGCUUUCGGAACUUCGGCGUAUGUGACACAGGAUGACACCUUAAUGACGACACUAACAGUAAGGGAAGCCGUAUUCUACUCGGCGCAGCUCCAGCUGCCCCACUCAAUGUCAAGAUCCGAGAAGAAAGAAAGGGCGGAGACGACAAUAAGGGAGAUGGGCUUGCAAGACUCCAUGGAUACAAGAAUAGGAAGCUGUAACGUAAAAGGGUUGAGCGGUGGGCAAAAGAGGAGGGUUAGCAUUUGCAUUGAAAUCUUGACGCGCCCGAAGCUGCUUUUCCUUGACGAGCCAACAAGUGGGCUGGACAGUGCAGCAUCUUUCCAUGUCAUGAACCGCAUCACUAAGCUCGCUCGCCAAGAUGGAAGAACUGUGAUUGCAUCAAUCCAUCAACCGAGCAGUGAAGUUUUUGAGCUCUUCAGUAAUCUCUGCCUCCUUUCCACUGGCAUGACUGUCUAUUUCGGCCCUGUUUCCAUGGCAGAAGAGUAUUUUGCUUCAAAAGGCUUCCCAUGCCCAAGUCUGAGAAACCCAUCUGAUCACUACCUUAGAACUAUCAACAAGGACUUCGACGCAGACAUCGAAAAAGGGUCUGAUGGCACAACAAGCAUCGAAGAAGUCAUCAACAUUCUCGUCAAGUCAUACAAGUCAUCUGGGACAUUCCAGCAGGUUCUGCAUAUGAUAUCUAAGAUAUGCCAACAGAAAGGAGGAGCUUUGGAGAAGAAGGGCAGCCAAGCAAGCUUCAUUACACAGUGCCUAGUUCUGACAAGGAGAUCUUUUGUGAACAUGUAUCGUGAUCUAGGCUAUUACUGGCUUCGCCUUGCAAUCUAUAUUGGAUUGUGUUUAUGUGUAGGGACUAUAUUCUAUAACAUUGGCUUCAAUUUUGCUUCAAUCCAGGCUAGAGGUUUAAUGCUGAUGUUUGUUGCGGCCUUUCUCACUUUUAUGGCAAUCGGUGGAUUCCCUUCUUUUGUAGAGGACAUGAAGAUAUUUGGGCGAGAAAGAUUAAAUGGGCACUAUGGCGUUGGCGCGUUUGUGAUUGGAAACACAUGUUCUUCUAUUCCAUACUUGCUUUUAAUCUCUUUACUUCCUGGAGCAAUUGCUUAUUACCUGGUUGAAAGGAGUUUCCAACAUUUUCCCUGCUACGCAUUGCUACUCUUUGCAUGCAUGAUGUUGGUGGAAAGCCUAAUGAUGAUUGUUGCGAGUAUAGUGCCAGAUUUUCUCAUGGGUAUCAUUACCGGUGCCGGAAUCCAAGGUCUGAUGAUGUUGGGUGGAGGUUUCUUCCGGCUGCCGGACGAUCUUCCUAAGCCUUUUUGGAAAUACCCAAUGUUCUAUAUUUCGUUCCAUAAGUAUGCAAACCAAGGAUUCUACAAGAAUGAGUUUGAAGGAUUAACUUUCAAAAGUAACCAAGCAGGGGGGCCACCUAUCAGUGGUGACUAUAUCUUGCGAAACACGUGGCAUGUGGACAUGGGCUACUCCAAGUGGAUUGACCUUGUUAUUUUGUUGGGAAUGGUGGUUUUUUAUAGGCUCAUGUUUUGGGGAAUUAUUAAGGUUGUUGAAAAGGUUAAGACGGUGAUUAAAGCUCUUGGAGUUGUGCCUCCCAAGCAUUCGAAACAGAGCAUAGAGAACACCUCAUCUGAGCCUUCUCCUGAAGCAAAGAUGCAUUGCCUCGAAUAUUUUGAUCUUGAAUACUUUCUGUAGCUACAUUUCAUUGAUUUUAUAAUUAUACACAUAGAUAGUAUAACUUAUCUAGCUAAGUUUGAAAUAUUACAAGAGAAACAUGAUUGAGUAGGCUACUAACACUAUCUAUAUAUAUUUGAAUUCGAAAUUGUAAAUCAACAUGAGAGCUUCAAGGAAUUGUAUGCUGAGAAGAAUUCUGGUGCUGUAGAAUUAUUGAAUUGUUUCAUGCAA